CUGGAAGCAGAUGAUAUCAGCGUCGAAGGAAUCGAGAAGUUUGAGAAGAGAAUCAAACUGGGAAACUCGUUGCCUAAGGCCAUUAACGUUGUUGUAACGUUGGACGGUUGAGAUCUGAGAAGACUAAAGUCAGUUGAAUCAGCGGUUGUACACGUGGAUAAGUUAGAGUAGAGUAUUAAUAUCUCUUGAAUGGUGGCGCGUGGGGAGCACAAGUUGUUGAUUUGCCUCGUCGGCGUCCACCACCAUUAUCGCCGGAUUGGAUGUUUUUAUAUACUACUUACGUUGAAGAAGACGAAAACGAAACCAACUUCUACUUCUUUCUUAUUCUUCUCUCUCUUUUAUCUUCCUUGGUUUUGUACAUUGUAAUAUGGAUCAAUCGAAGAAACCAAAAGCUUGCUCUGAAUCCGAUUCCUCUGUUUCUUCAUCUUCUUCUUCUUCUACUUCGGGACAUAAUCUCAGAGCUGAGAUGGUGGUGGUGGAAGUGAACAAGGAAGCAGUUUGUUCUCGUAAAGCAGAGCGAGAGAAGCUUCGUAGAGAUAAGCUCAAAGAACAGUUUCUUGAGCUUGGAAACGCAUUAGAUCCAAAUAGGCCUAAGAGUGACAAAGUUUCACUUCUCACUGAUACAAUACAAAUGCUGAAGGAUGUGAUGAGCCAAGUUGAAAGACUAAAGGCUGAGUAUGCAACACUAUCUCAAGAGUCUCAUGAGCUUAUUCAAGAGAAGACCGAGCUGAGAGAAGAGAAAGCAACUCUUAAGUCAGAUAUUGAGAUACUUAACGCUCAGUAUCAGCAUAGAGUCAGAAGUAUGGUUCCAUGGAUACCACAUUACACUUAUCCUAUCCCUGUAGUAGCCAUCACUCAGGACCAGUCCACUUUUAUACCUUAUUCAGCCUCAGUCGUCAAUCCUCUAAUCGAACAAGUACCGCUUCAGAAACAUUCCUCAUCAUCUUCUGGUGCUUCAAGCAAACAAAAUUCCAAAAGCAAGUCUUUAGAUCAAGAUAAUGACCAUAAAUAUGAUGUUGGUUUAGAGCUUGAGCUUAAAAUCCAUGCAUCUUCUUUAGCUCAACAGGUGAGUGAUGUCUUCUAUGGCUUUGCCAACAAGUUCGUUCUAUGUUGUUGUUGUUACGAUUUAUGUUUCUCACUGACUGAUCAAAUUUACUUCUAUGCAGGAUGUUUCUGGAAAAGAGAAGAAAGAAAGCUUGACACCUACUGCAAUCUCAUCAAAUAGUUACUCAUCAUCUCAAGCUGUUCAGGAUAGUCCCCCCGGUGGUGUGAAUGACAUUUUGAAGGCAUAAACCGACAAACAUAUUCCCCUCAACCCUGUGUUCUAGUACUUUAAUUGAGAAGGAACUCAAUAGCACCACCUAACUAUGUAACAUUAUCACAAGCAAAUAAAACACAAAAAUCACUUGUUUGUAUCUCUUUACAACCAGACGGGUUUUAAUCCAAUAUACAAUUUUCUUGAUCUGAGAGUAAAAAACACAU